AUGUCCUCCAAGGAUCAGAGCGGUGUGAACUCUCUGCUUGCUCUCGCUGUCAUGGAGAGGAGGUGCGACGUUUUCGACCUGCUCCUCAGCGCCAAGGCGGACCUUGAGAGCAAAGAUGACGACGGAAACUCCUUGCUGCUCAUCGCCGCCAUGCGAGGAAACAAGGAAGUUGUGCUCGCACUCCUCAACCACGGAGCUGAUGUCAACAGCAAG